CACAGAUUAACGUCCUUUGUUGCACUUUUUCACCAUCGAACAAUAACUAAGGGAGGACUGAAGUGCCCCCGAUAACUGAAUUUCUACCAGCUCCAGGACGCUGCACUUACUGCUUAUCUCACUAAGGAGGUGAACAAAGGAUGAACAAGCUUCGCUGUGGCUGCAGUAAAGGCUUGAAUAGAAGAGGUCAGUAAGCAGCUGAGGAUGAAGAAGUGGGGAGACCGACUGAAGAAGGUUGAGCAGCUGGCUCAGUCGUUUCAGCAGAGUCCCUUGGCCACACGCUACAAACCUCGACUGUGGCCAUGUCAACCUUCUUCCAUCUGGAAGCUCUACCCUCGUCAAAGUUUGGCUAUCAGCUUCGCUCAGAGCUGCAAAGAGGCUGUUCACGUUUUUGCACUUGAAAAAGAAAUGUCACCCCAGGGUCAGAGGAUCUUCCUUGUUACCAGUUACAGUGAGCUGUGGCAUUAUUACAGGACCUACACUCAGACCUUGAUGCACUGCUAUGAGGUGAUACCAGAGGGCACCGUCUGUAAGCUUUACUUUGACUUGGAGUUCCACAAGCCGUCAAACAAAAAGGCUGAUGGGAAAAACAUUGUGUCGUCACUUAUCCAGUAUGUUUGUGAAAAGCUGAUGGACAUUUAUGGGAUUGAAUGCUCUGCAAAAAACAUCCUCAAUCUUGAUUCCAGCACAGAAGAGAAGUUCAGUCGUCAUCUUAUCUUCAAUCUCCAAAAUGCGGCUUUCAAAGACAACAUACAUGUUGGUGCAUUUAUUCAUGCAGUUCUUCAGCAAGUCUUGAGCAUAACCAAAAGUGGAAGUUGUUUGGAUGUUGGGAUUAAUUCAACAGCAGAAAACAGUGAAACAGGAGCAAAUGCUGAUCUUGAUGUGAAACCAGCAAAGACAGAUGAGGAGGCUGAAAGACCGCAGACCAAAAAGCGUAAACAGGAAGAGAGAGACCUCAGCUUCCUUCGGGUGAAAAACAAAGAUGGCCAAGAUUGUCUAUUUGUUGAUCUGGGAGUUUACACCAAGAACAGAAAUUUCCGCCUUUAUAAGUCAUCAAAAGUGGGAAAGAACGUUGCCUUCACCGUGGCAGACGACAACAAGUUCAUUACCAAACCUGAGCAGGGCGUCUCUGCAGAGGAAAGCGUAUUCUUGGCAUCAUUAGUCUGUAAUGUGAGCUUCACAGGUCAGAGGAUUCUUACGUGGGACAUCCCACAAACAAAGGAAAGUAAAAGCACAGGGCCUCUUUGCCAGCAGGAAGCAGUGAUAAAUCCAGGCACAAUCUCUGGCUGCCUGUCGUCUCCUCACCAAGAAGUGGAUGACUUUGUGUUAACUGUGGUUAAAAAGGAUGGCAUACAAGGAAGCAUCAGACGAUGGAGCUACUUUGCCGCUGAACAACUGCUCGUCUACGACAUCGUUAAAUACCGCUGGUGUGAAAAUGUGGGCCGGUUCCAUAAAAGCAACAACAUUAAGAUUGUUGUGGAUCUCAAAGAAGAAGCUUGGUACCAGAAGUGUCACGAUCCUGAAUGCAAGAACUUCAGAUCCUCAAGUCACCCGCUGCCACAGGAGAUCUGCGUCAGCUACAUCAUGACACUGGAUGAGGAGGACCAGGGGUACUUAAUGGAUGAUGCUGGCAACAUUGAACCCAGCCAGACACCAAAGCAGGCGUCACUGAGCAAAGUGUGUCCAGAGGAGGAACCUGCUGAUGCGUGGGGAAGCGGACAGGAAGACCAGGACUACUUAGAGAGCCUCGAGGACUUUGAACAGAAAGGCGGGGAGAUCUCAGAUCAGCUUCUGCUCAAAUGCAUGGCAGACUUUGAUUCCCCUUAGAAGGUGAUGUUUGCACUGACAAA